GGAGAGAGAAAGGGUGAAAAAGAACGGGAGCUCCUUGCAGGAUUUCCCGAGGCCGCGGAGCGUAUGCAGAGCGCAGGCUGCUCAUCCCCCGCGUGAGUCAGCCCCGCUCCUCACGUGCAGGCGCCACUGGCGCCCGCAGACUUGGGGAGGGGCGGCGGCUGGCAGCGGGCGCGCUUCGUAUUUCACGGCCCGCGCGGAGGUUCCGCCUCUCACACCCUCCCGGCCGCCUGCCCGGAUCGCGAGGCUCUCCGCGGGAGCGUCUCUCCGCAGCAGCGCCCCUUCGCGCGCCGUGCCCCGCUUCGGGAAAGAAGCCCCGCGCCUUCGCCAGCCCGGGAUCGGCGCCCCGCCCGAGAUGAGAGCCGCGUUCCCCGCCUGUCUGCUCGCCGUGCUGGCCUGGGCCGCCUCGACCCACGGCCGGGUGGUGGGCAACGACGACGCGGGCUUUGCAGAAUGCGACGUUUUCUUCUACCAACAGGCUCCCCCGCAGGGCUUCCUGGACGAGCGGGCAGCCAAGAUCUGCCAGAAGUACCGCCGGGAGCCGCGCUUCGCCACCCUCUACAGCACGCAGGAGAGAGUCCCACUUUAUUCGGCUUUCCGCUACAGCGAAGGGGGACCCCCCGGGGAGGAGGAGGAGAGCUGGCUGGUGGAGCCGCAGAUCGAUGACCCUGAAAAUGGUCUGGAAGAAAUGGUGCCAGAAGCUGAGAUCACGGUGGAUCAUCUGGGAAGAAACCAGGCUCUCAGGGCAGACUAUGCAGACUCUGGCUAUGAGAGGGGGAACCUAAACCCCAGCUCCCUCCAUAAGGAUGAUCAUCAAGUUGCCACCCACACGCUGACCAACACAGUGCCAAUCUCCCCUCCUUUCCAGGAGCUCUGGCACUGGGAAGUUGAGGAGCUUGUCAGCCAAGGAUUGGCUCCGCACUGUCAAAAUGGGGAAGAUCUCUAUCUCCUCUCAGGAGCAGUGCCUUCCGCUGAAAAAGUAAAAGACAAAGUCGCGGUCCCCAAAUUCCUCUGGCUGGCAGCCUGCUGUGAUAAUGGUGCUGAGACCUGGUCAGUGGGAUUUAUUAAAGAGGCAGGUGUUGAGAGCCGUCUGGAAGACCUAACGGUAGAAGCCCUUGAGAAGAAGUUUCCUGCAGGAGUUGAGCUCUUUAAAAACAACUGUGGUCAAGAUCGUCAGGAUGCUAAGAAGCUGGAGACAGUGCUGCACUCUGUGAAGAAGGUCCGGGCGAAGGAACCAGAACCGCACAUGAAAAAGCCAACUCAGUGUAAACACACCGACGCAAAGGAGGAGAGUGGCUUUCUGAAGAAGCUUUUUCACUUCUUUGUUAGCCCUCUCUUGAAACUGCUAAAAUUUGUUUUCGGUCUGGUUAGCCAAAUUGUGAAAUGUUUGUGGCAUUUGCUCAUGUACCUUGUCCAGAAGGUUAUCAGUGGGGUGUGCACAUUUGUCAAAGGAAUUUCCACGGCCCUGCUGGAUAUCUUUAUCUGUGUGGUCCAAGUGGGUGUCAGCAUCCUGAACGGCAUUGCAAAAAACAUCUACAAUGUUCUGGUGGUUACCUACAGGAUUCUUUGCGUCCCUGUUAAUCUGAUCCUGGAUGUUGUGUCUUUCCCUUUUUACGUCCUGGGUGCCAUUCCUGCUGUUCUCCAAGAUAUUGCUUCAGGCAUCAGUGGCAUGUUCUUGUUGGCCAUUGAUGCUAUCACAAAUUUUGUGAAGGGCCUAAACUAUAUUGUGUCUCAUCUAGCCAAAAAGUUUCUUCCCAUGACUGCUUUCUAAGAAUGACUCCAAAGAUUACUUUCCGAAGCAAUACUUGUCCUCUAUAUUGCUUAUCUUCAGCUGUUCUUACACGUAUUUAUUGUGGUGACCUUGCCAGUGAUGAACCAAUGUUCUGGGAACAUGGGUGAGCUACGUAACCACGAAACGGGGAUUUAAUGGGAAAUUAAAAUUGCACUUAUAAAAUGUUGAACUUGUGGAACUGUUGAACUGAUUGGUUUCCUAGCUUGUGUCCAGCCUUUUGAAAAACAUGAAGCAGACUGGAUCUGAGAUUCUCUUGACUAAAGCAUUUAAAAAUGUGAAUAUUGCUUUGAAUAUUCCUUUGGCUCUGUGGAUAACCCAACAGCCUCUAGUUGUGUUGGACUGCAACCCCCAUCGCUCUCAGCCAGAAUAAUCCUCCACUGUGCUGGGUAGGAAUUUUGGAUGUUGUAAUCCAACUCCUCUGGAAGACAUUGGAUAGAGAAGGUUGAAUUUUAGAAUAUGGAAAGGAUUUUUCUGUGGGUGGGAAUGGUUUUUCAAAGAUUUUAAGGAAUUGUUUUGUAAGUCAUGGUCACCUUGGUACAAUGAUAGAGGUCUGAAUGCACUGACCCCAAGUUUAAUGCCACUUAAAAUAUACGUGUGAUUAGGGAGCAGCCCAUCUGUUUAACACCCCAGUUACUGAGCCAUUACUACUAAUGUAACCUGGGUUAACUCAGAUAAGCUAUAAAUUAUGUUUGCUUCCUGUCCUCAAGGCAAGUAACAGGGAUAUUAACUUAGGGCAGUAUUUUAGGAACCCAGUAACUAAUGUUUGAUGCUAAAGAGACAAUAAAUUUCCAACGUGAAGAAGUACAAAUGGCAAAGAGACUGACCUAGUAUCUCUUUUAGAUCUCACAUUGGUCAUGAAUUGGAUUCACACAUUGUGGUAAGCUUCUAGUUGCUUAACUGGUUAAUUGAAUAAACCACAAUUACCUUGUUUCAUAAACAGACUAAACCCUAAAGUAUGGUUUUCAGACUACAAUGGCUGGGUUCACAUAUGAUGCUAAGCCAAAGUCAAACAAAUCACCGAGGGCUUGAUCAUGGACAAAGUCAGUCAUUGCCGUGGAUGGCUGGUAGAAGCCACCAUGAAGCUACACGUGCCAUGAUGUCAUCAUGCAAAUGAUGUUACUUGUGUAAUUAGCACUAUUUGCAUGAUGACAUUGUGGCAUGUAUCAUGCCACUUGCCUCUUAGAAAGCCCACUAUCAGUGCCUGUAUCAAGUUCAGCCCCCUCCCCGCAAAAACGUAGAGUAGGUGAGGAGAGUAUUGAGCAAAUACAUAGGAUUAUUUACUACAUUGAGCCAAAUAAUGUAUGUAAAGUGCUGGGUACUGUUCAUGGAUUACUGCUAUGUAUAUUUUGGUACCAUAUGCUGUAUUCUUUCUGGAAGUUGUAGUUUUCUGAUUUCUGGUUCUAAAGUCUGUCUCUGGGUGGCUUACAAAUAAAAAGACAGUAUAUAGAAACAAGAA